AUGUCCAAAGGCUAUGCUUGUGUCUUCGUUUGUUUUUCGACUAAGGCCAUUCACCUUGAGGCCGUCAGUGAUUUAUCGUCUGAAGCAUUCUUGGCUGCAUUUGCACGAUUUGUAGCAAGACGCGGUUUACCUAAAGGAAUGUUUUCGGACAACGGUACCAAUUUUGAUGGGUCUGAUGUGAUUUUAAGCAAAGAGUUCAAAAAAUUUAUUAGUUCAAUUCCACAAGAAACUCAAUCCUCUCAUGGUGUGCAAGGCCUUAAAUGGAAUUUUAUUCCUCCAGGUGCUCCACAUAUGGGGGGUCUCUGGGAGGCUGGUGUAAAAAAUUGCAAAAGUCACCUUCGGAAACUGGGGACCAGUUCAAAACUUACAUUUGAAGAAUUCUCAACAGUAUUGGCUCGCAUUGAAGCAUGUUUAAACUCACGUCCAAUUUCGUCAAUGUCCAAUGAUUCCUCGGAUCUAUUGGCUUUAACUCCGGGUCACUUUUUACGCGGUAGUCCACUUUUAGCAUUCCCUGAGCAUAAUCUGGCUGAUGCCAAUUUGUCCCUCAUCAAUCGAUGGGAAAAAGUUAAAUGCCUCCAACAACAAUUCUGUCGUCGAUGGAAAGACGAUUAUCUUAAAGAACUUCAUCAGAGACAUAAGUGGCAAUCGCCUCAAGAAGAUAUCAAGUUAAAUGACCUAGUAGUUGUGAAAAACGAAAAUCUUUCUUCCACUGAAUGGCGCCUUGGGCGUGUUGUAAAUGUACACCCCGGCCCUGACGGAAGAGUGAGAGUGGCGACGCUUCGCACGCAACUCGGCGAAAUUAGCCGGCCAGUUGUAAAACUUUGUCUUUUGCCCAUGAAAUAA